AUCUCCUGAAUCUCUCUAGCUCUAGCAUAGGACCUGAACUUUGUUGUGGAUAAUCAAAUCAUGAGUUGCUUCGCUAAAGUCGUGGAUCAUACAGGAAUAGAGUUGGUGUGCAAUCAAAAUUUGACAAUUACAAAUUUAUGCCUGGAGGAUGCAGCAGGAGCCAACAGUGAAACUACUCUUUUUCUGAAAAUAAGAGAUGAAAACUUCACUUUUAGCCUAUUUGAUGAAAACAACUUGCAUAUGGGCCUGAAUAUGCAGUUCCCAAAAAGAUUCAAAUUGUCUUUAUUUACAAGGGGGCCAGGUAAAGUUCAUGUCUUAGGAUAUUAUGAUGAACAAAUUACUGAUGAAGAUGAAGAGAUUGUUGAUGUUUUUGAGGAACAUGCCGAGGAAAAGAGAAAAAGCCACAUGGGCUGACCCUAAUGUAAAUGUUGCUAAUGACACAUUGAAAUUGUAAAAAGAAAUAAUGUUUUGUUAUAUUAAAGCAUCAGUGUUGUCUUU